CAAUACAAGCAUUGUGCUUGAAAUCAUAACGAUAUAAUAUUAAACUAUAUACAGCCUUAAAUAUAAGUUUAGAUGUAACUACAAUUUAACAAAUCAAUUAAGUUUACUAUUCGUAAUUAUCUUUGUAAAUGCAAUCAACUUAUCAGCGCCUGUCUUUGUAAACGCAAUAGCAAACGUCACGCUACGGUUGACUACAGUCGACGGGAAACAUUUCUUAUUUUUCUAUUUAUAUCUAAAAUUCCUAAUUCUGAUUAUGCGACCAAAUGUGAUAUUUAAUUAAGCACGAGUCCACUGUUAAUUUCAUUGACUUCACAGUGCAAUACGCUCCAUUCAUGCUAGAAUGGAGCAACCAAAUAGCAUAGUUCUGUGUGACAAUCUCAUUAAAUGGUUGCAGACCUUAAAUCUUAAGGCUAAACAUGGAAAUCCAUCAGAGCUCUCAGAUGGGGUGGCCAUUGCCGAGGCUCUUACACAAGUUGCUCCAGAAUAUUUCUCUCCCUCAUGGAAUUCCAAAAUCAAAACAGAUGUGGGUCACAACUGGAGGCUAAAAGUCAGCAAUCUGAAAAAGAUAUUGGAAGGUGUAUUUGAUUAUCAUCAAGAUAUAUUAAAUUUGAGCCUGCAAGACUUUUCACGGCCUGAUGUAGUAAAUAUUGCUGAACAUGCAGACCCUUCAGACUUAGGGAGACUAUUACAACUUGUUCUUAGUUGUGCCGUGAACUGCGAUAAAAAAGAAGAAUAUAUUACGAGGAUAAUGGAGCUGGAACUCUCUUGUCAGCGGUCGAUCAUGCAAGCUAUACAGGAAUUGGAGACGUUGACGCUGGGCGGAAGGGGGGCGCCGCCCGCGGACGCGCCGGAGCCGGACACGGACAUGAGGGAGGUGCUCGCCCAGCGGUGCCAUGAACUUGACACGCAGGUAAAAAUCCUCCAAGAAGAGAAGAUGACGCUACUAAGCGAGGUAGCGCGACUAACCGCGACGAGGCAGGACGAGAGGCCCGACGACGAUGAUGCCGAGCUCGACGAGGCAGGCGCUUCACUCGGACCGGCACACGCGGGAACAUUACGAUACAGUAAUAUGCGAGCACAAUUAGACGCGUUGAAGGACGAAUUGGACAAAGUGGAACUACAAAGAGAUGACCAGCGGGCGAGGGCUGACGCGCUCGAACGGGAGUUAGCGCUCAUGAAGUUAAGGAACGAAGAGCUGCAGAUAGCAGCAUCAGAAAACGUAACGCUAAAAGAUGAGGUAGAUGCUUUAAGGGAGACGGCUGCGAAAGCGGCUACACUAGAAGCCACCGUGGCUUCGUAUAAGAAGAGGAUGGAGGAACAUGUUGAUUUGAGAAGACAGGUGAAACUACUCGAGCGAGCGAACACAGAGCACGUACAACGAGCGAUAGAACACGAGCAGGCGGCCACGCGAGCGAAUGCGUUACGCGCUAAACUAGACAUUUAUAAAAAACAGGUUAUAGAUUUAAAUGAGAAACUAGACGCUGAAAUGACGAAAGCGGACAAACUGGAGAUAGAGAACAAAAAACUGUCGAGCCGAGCAGAUUUCCUGCAGCGCGAGCGAGACAAACUAGCGUGCGACAGGGACGCACUGAAGGAAACGGUGGAGGACCUCACCCACUAUACUAUAACUGCAGGGGCCAGCGAAGACAACGUAUCGCAGGAGCUGAUCCCGACAGAGAUGAAAGAUAAGCUAAUCCGGCUUGAACAUGAGAACAAACUGUUACGGCAGAACCAGGGUGCGCAGGCGGACCAAGGUUCUGUACAGGCUUUGCUAGAAGACUACGCAGCGCGGUUAGAGAAACAACGCGCGUUACACAGAGAGCAGAACCAACGCAUCAUGCAGCUCGAGGCCGCCCUCGAGGCCGCGCCGGCGAAGGACCCGCGGCUCGCUACUGCCAUGGAAGAUAGUCAGCGGAAAUCAUUACAAGUAGAAGAGUUGCAAGCCGCUCUAGCAGAAGAACGUCGGCGCGCCGCCAAACUGCAAGAGGCGCUCGCGGCGCGGGACGCCGAGCUCGUGGCCACGGAGGACAAGUACAAGCGCUGCGUCGAGAAGGCCAAGGAGGUCAUCAAGUCUUUAGACCCGAGGGCCGCGGCAUUGCCGUCGCUGUCGGACAUGACGUUGGGCUACGCGCGCGGCGCAGGCGCCGGCGCGGCUAGAGGCGACGCGACGCCCAACAAUAACCGACACGAAUGGAGCGGCAGCGGCAGCGGCGGCGGCAGCUCGGAGGCGCGCGGCAGCACGGAGCAGCGGCUGCUGGCGUCGGCGUGGUACCAGCUGGGCGCGCGCUGCCACCGCGACGCGGUGGAGACGCGCUUCGCGCUGCUGUCGGCCGGCCACUCGUUCCUGGCGCGCCAGCGGCGCCAGCCCCCGCCGCCGCGCGCCGCCCCGCGCGCCGGCCCGCCCGCCGUGCCCUGACCCCCCGCCCGCGCCCGCGCCCGCCGAGUGCACUACGACAAGCUCGCCGCCAGGAUACGGGAGAUGUAGGCGCGUCGCCCGUUACACGGUACGUUCCCUUGCCGUUCCUGCCCUAGCGACCCCGCUGUCGGCCAGUCCCUCGCCAGUCGGGGUUGUCGAUGUCCCGUUUGUUCUAUACUCCGAUCGAAUAUAGUGCGGUAUCCUCGGUCGAUGCUAUUUGUCUAACGUUAACCCUUUUCUAAAGCUUUUUAACAAAAACUGCGUCGACUAAACACUGUUUAUAAUAUCAAAUUUUAUCAAUUAAGUAUACAUGACGCGUAAUACCCCGACGAAAAGUCCAGCUGUGAGUGCAUUUAUGGUAAGAUAAAAUUUGGCAUUAACUGACGGCGCUGGCCUGCCGGUGCCUUAGUAAAAUGUGACAAAAGAGUAGCUCUAGAUGGGCUUCUAAUACAUUUUAAAUAAUAUUUAAAUUAUUGUAAAUUAUAUGAUUAUCUUCUUAACCUCGUAAUUUACUCGAUUUCACGAAAGUCUUAUAGUUAAGUUCAACGAAGUGUUUGUUGUUCAAAGUGUUAGUACGUAUCUAAGUAUGCUUACAGUUAUAACUUGAUAUAACAGGACAUCAUUCUCACUAUGAUAGAUUUCAUUUAUUUCGAUCGAACAUUACUAUUCAGAAUACAUAGUAGUCUUUAACUGAAUGGAAUUUAAAACUGAAAACGAUCACAAAUACGAGGUUCAGAAGAGAUCGAUCCAAAAGUAGUUGAGGUAAAUAUACCGAUCUAUUUUUUUAUUAGUGUAAAUUUAUGUAAGGUGUAGACGUACACUUGGUACAUACAUGUAUCGCGUAGAUAGAUUCGCAAUUAGUUGGGCUAACUUUUUGCGUCGUUGUAAAUCUAAAUGGCGAAUUUCAGUACGGAGUUGGUCGCUUUUUGAGAACAUUAAUACCCAUUGUUAUCUAUCAAUUUAUAUUCGCUCUGUGCAUCACUGUGGCACCGCCCUAGUGGUCUAAAUUUAUAAUAACUGAUGUGUUAAAUUUGUUAGUGGCGCCAUCUGCUAGAGCAUAGGCCAAAGGUAUGGCGCCAUCGCUCGAAAAGAUAUCAGUGAAAGAAUAAGGAUCAAAGUUAAAUGGCGUUCUUAAAGUCUUAAUCAUGUUUCGAAAGAUGGCAGUAAAUUUACCGUGGCCACAGAAUUUACUAAACAAUCCACCCCUAUUUCAAAUUCUCUUUGCAAAUAGUAAGAAGAUGUCGUCCCAUGAAACUUGAUAUUUUCACCACGUCGUGCGUUGGCGUCUCUUGUAUUUCCCCCACCACCAACUUCGCACAUAGCCAAUAUAAGUAUCCUAAACAUAUUGCAUAAAAAGGUGCAAUAAUGCUAUAUAAUCCCGAGACAAUAAUCUUGUUUCGAUAUAAUUAAACUCAGACAGUAAAUUACGUUACACUGUGCUAACAUCGUAGAACGUAAAUUAAGUUUUAAAAUGCCAAUUGAUAGUGCGCAAAACUCGUAGGGACUUCCGUUGUUCCAAAUUUUAAACUAUCUACGCUUUGUAGAGACGGAAUUUUAACGUUAUGUUACGUUUAACAGGCAUUUAUAUGAUUACCAGCGGAGAUAGUAGGGUUUGAACUGCUUUAUUUAAAUAUCGUGUCAUUCACGACGACGCGUGCCUUGACUCGUAUUGUCGUGUUAUUAAAGGUUAGAUUUGACAAAUCUGCGCGUCAUCGUGGAUGACACGAACUGUAGUAUUUUGUUUUUCUCCUUUUAUGAAUAUUCUGCAUUUGUUACGCACACAUAGUCCUCGCAGUAUAUUCAUAAACUAGGUUUGUUAUGGCUCGUUAUGUUAACAUUACCGAUAAAUAUAGACUGCCGGCCGUAUUUUAAAUAAUACCAAGCUUUUAUUACUGACCACUGUAACAAAUAAAACAUAUUUAUGGAGUGUGGAAUUAAAAGGAGUGAAAUUUCUUAUGGUAGAACUGUUGCAAAAGUGUCCAGCUCUCAGCUAUAAAUAAUAGUUCCAAAUCUCUCCAGAGUAGCGCUAGAUAGCUAAGAACCUAGGCGUUAUUGACGGAGUGAAGUGCGCUGUCUAUGAUUUGAUUUUUUGUUCAAGUACUCUAGGUAUUGUAGCGCCACCUAUUUAAAGUUUUUUGAUGACACUUUUUGGUACAUGGACAUUCCAUUCCUUGCCUCCACCCUCCAUAAACCUAUUAUUAGACUUUGAUUGCGUUAUAAUACAAAUUAUAAUAUUCUUCAUCUAAUUGUGAGUUUUAAUGAUUUGCUGUUUACUGAAAUGCUUCAGUUCUCCAUUGUUUUUGUUUAAAGUAUUAUUAAGGUUUAUUUAAUGCUCAACCAUUGUUAAAGUUAAGCAAUGUAUUAAUACAGGAUUCUUUGCAGUUUUCUUAUAAGGUUCCUUAUUGACUAUUGAACAAAUUUAAUCUUAGAUUUAUUUAUGAUAAGUUAUAGAAAGCCUAAGCAACUUGACAUAAAACAUGUACAGUUGUGUGCAAAAUAAUAGCAGUGAAUGUACAUUGUACAGUCAGCGUCAAAUACUUUGUAGCAGUCAAAGUGGCCAAAUAGUCCGGUACACCAUACUAAAUAUAUGGUGUACCGAACUAUUUGGCUACUUUGGUUGCUACAAAGUAUUUGACGCUGACUGUACCAAGCUGAAAUAGAAUCAAGCUGUAAAUGUGACUAAAAGAUUUAUAACAGAUGCGUAGGUAUUUUCGAAAAAAAAAACAAUGAAAUAUUUCUCAAAAUAAUAGCAGCGUCAUAUAUUCAAUGAUCAACAACAAUUUAAAACUAAUAAAAACGGCACCAACAGUGCCAGUUCUUCUUAAUAUUUAGUAGCUUGGCAUUUAUUGCCAAUAACGGCUUUACAUCUCUUUGGCAUUGAGUCAACUAAAGAUUGACACCUUUCCCUAGGGAUAUUGUUCCAUGCCGACUGUACCACAUACCAUAAUUGGAACUUCAUGGUAGGUUUUUGAUUGCUGACAGCGUUAUUGAUUACUGUCCACAAGUUCUCGAUUGGAUUUAGGUCCGGCGAUUGUGCUGGCCAAGGGAAACGUCGAUGUUUUUUUGGUUUUAAAUCACGCCUUCACAACUUUACUAUUUGGAUCAUUAUCUUACUGGAAAACCCACUUUAGCGGCAUAUUGUCAGUAUAUGGAUACAUUACGUCCUGAAGCACAUUCAGAUAAUAUUCCCUGUUCAUUAUGCCCACAAUUUCAAAGAUAGGCCCUACACCACCGUAAGAAAAGCAUCCCCAUACGAUCAAACUAAGUUCGCCAUGUUUGAGUCUAUAUUGUGUACUGCGGCAUGCACGCGGUUCCUGCAAGUCACCUUACGUACUCUCGACGUCCCUUACUCCCAAACAUUGCUUUCGUCACUCAAAAGUAUAUUGUAAGUAGUAGGCCAAUCGCGUUAUUGUUUGGCAAAGGUGAGCCUAUGUUUUAUGUGCCUCUUAGUUAACAGUGGCACUUUUCUCGGAAUUCUGGCGUAUAAGUUAGCUUUGAUGAGUCGCCGCCUAACAGUAGAACUACUCACAGUUAAGUUCAAAGAGCUUUGAAUGUGUUUUGAAGUCAGGAAUGGUUUUCAACAGAGAAACAAUUCUUGAGUCCUCUUUUUUUCGUUGUAGCCUUAUUUAUUUCUCUUGUUUCUGGUUUUUCUUCCCAUUUAAGUGCAUUACUGAUCAUUUUUGCUGAACAUUUUAUAAUAUCCUGGAUAUAUUUGUAUGUUUUUCCUUCAUGUAUUAAUGAAUGAAUGAUCAAACUUCUCUCUUGUUUAGAGGCUUCCCCUUCCCAUAUUUACAAAACUUGCUAGCUUAAAUAACUUUCACACAACGGACAAUUUAUUAUGGUACGGUACGGUCACGUCUGUAAAUAUCGAUACGGACAAAGUGUCAAAAAUAUGUACACACUACCCUAAUAUAUAUAUGAUGAUGAUGAUAUGGGCCAUAAGGUCGUGUAUAUAUAUUUUUGGCACUUUAAUCGUGUCGAUGUUAUCAGACGUGACUGUACUAUAAAUAAAUAACAAAGUGCAUUCAAGCUCGAAGACAGCAAUGUAAUAAUAGUUAAUUACAAUACAAGUACAGAAAAUAGGAAAUUCGCUACGAGCGGUGAUAAAGUAAACCACGACCGAAGGGAGUGUUUUAAACCGACACGAGUUGCGAAUUACCCAUUCGCACGUGUAUCGUACAACGUUUAACAGUACAUAUGGCUCUUUAAAGUAUCGACAUAUGCACGGAAAGUGCUCAUUCCCGCACGUGUGCGGGAAAGUAGCACCAUAUGUGCUGUAAAGACAUUUUGAUGACACUGCUAUUUAUAUGAAAGUGUAAAUAGUUAUUCGAAUUAAGAAAAUUGAAUUGAUUCAGUGGCCAGUACAAGCAGUAUUUUGAUACACAGAUUCUUAAUAUUAGACAGUCUUUUGAGUGGGCCUGGUUUUAGAAACUAUUCACCAUGGUACAUACAUGCUGCUAUUGUUUUGCACACAACCGUAUUUUAUUAUUAAAAUUUUAAGUAACCAGUGAUCCAUUUAUCAAAUAUGCUAAGUUUACACGAGAUAAGUAGGUUUGUGAUGGAUGGGUUUGCAAAUAAAUUGGGCAUAAUUAAGCGUAGUUAAGAAGCUGUGAUUAGUUUUAAGUUGAUACAUUUGUGUUACCAAUAUUAACCAUGUAUUUAAUGCUUAAAUUUUGGAGGAUUUAACAACUGGAGAUGCCUUGUCUGUAAUUUUCUGUACAAAACAGUCUGCCGAUUUUUGCGGGGGAGGGGCGCGUCAAAUGUAUGAUUAUUUGUACGUAACGUAAAAAUCAGAUAAACGUCAGUCCAUACAAUACAUAUGACCAUUGGCCAAGGUUUUCGACAGAGGGGUAAGCUCUUAAAGGCCACUAGGCCACUCCAGUUGUUAAAUCCUCCAAGGCUUAAAUAGAAAUGGCUUAAUAGUGGUAACACAAUGGAAUCAAUUAACUUUUGACUACGUACAGGUCCUUAACUAUGUAAAUUUUUUAUGCAAUUCACUCGUAUUCAUAACUGCAUACAGUGGUGGUUUAGACACCAGAUAGGACUCAACACAGGAAUGUUUUUUUUUACUUUAGACCUACUUAGCUCGUGUAAACUAUAUGUUGUCUGUUAAUUAACAAAAUAAGACUAUUUUAAUAUCAUCACACCUAAAGCCAAUUAUUAUUAUCCACCUUUAUAAUAUAGAUAUUUAUGUGAUAAUUUCAAUGUUAUUAUAAGAAAUGUCAAAUUGACGUAACAUCGCCGUAGGUAAAAUAUUGACAAAGUGUACCUUUAGUGUAGAUUCUUUUUUAGUUUAUUUAUUAUGCAAUAUUCAAUAUUUAAGGUGCAGCAAUCAAAUUGUUUAUUUGUAUAACUUUACGUUGUAUAAGUGAAAUGUGAUGAAUUGUUGGAAAGACAAUAUACAUUAUAUUAUUCAGUUUUGAGAUGAUAAUAUAUAUAACAUUUUCCUAA